AGUUUGAAAUAAGUCUGAAAUAUUUGUUCAUUAUUCUUCAUGCAUAAUGUUUCCGGAAUGACGCAACUACGGAAUGAGUUUUCCUGCACUCAAGGAGAGGACAACAAAAAGAACUUGAAAAAGAGAAGGAGCAAUAUUGAGAAUUCCCAGCUGUUCAAGUGAUUUCGAAGGCUUUUUCAAUGAUCAUGACGAUCCAUCCAUAUUUUCCGGGUACCUUUAUUUCUUCACAGCCUUACAAGGCAGGUGCGCGACAGUCGGCAAAGAAGUUACAGCUCGUUAAUUAUUUACAAUGUUUUUUCUCUCAAUAGAUCACGUUGGCAACGAGCACUCGUCAGAUUAAAUAUUUUUGGAUGAACCUUAAAAUUAUGCGCAAAUCUUUAUAUUUUAGCUUAUGGCUGUUUCGCACUCGAUCUGUGUUUUGAGCUGAGAAAGUGUACAUGAACCUAGGUCGCACAUAUGGCUGAAGCUGAACGAGUUCUUAUUGCAGCGAAAGACGGAGAUCUUCAAACCUUACGAUCGCUCCGUCGAUCAGCGCCUUUCGCGGCAGAUGGAUUUGGAGCGACUGCUCUCCAUUACGCAGCAAGAACAGGAAGGAUUGAUUGCGUAAAAUGGCUGGUAGAAACAGCUGGAAUUUCCCCCAAAGUCCGCGGAAGAAGCGGGGCGACUCCGUUUCAUGACGCUGCGGCUCAGGGGGAGCUAGAGUGUGUGAAAUAUUUCCUUGCGACUGGCGAGGUUGAUGCAGACACUCGAGAUGGCUCCGGGCAUACUGCACUCCAUUUAUCAGCGAGAUUUGGAAGGUUUGACACUGUCAAGUGGUUGAUCGAGAAAGGGAACGGUAAUCCCAGGGUUAAGUCAAGGAAUUACAUGACUCCAGUGCAUUUUGCUGCUUGUGGAGGGCAUCUGACAUGCCUAGAGCUGUUGGUUUUCAAAGCUGGUUACAGCUGUGUUAAUGAUGUUGCCACAGAUGGAACAACUCCCUUGUAUCUUGCUUCUCAAGACGGUAAUCUAGACUGUGUUAAGUACCUGCACAGUGUUGACGGCAAGUGUAAUGCCAGAGCCCGGGAUGGAAUGCUGCCAAUUCAUGCUGCAGCCCAGAAUGGACAUCUAGACUGUAUAGGAUAUCUGAUGGAAAAAGGACAGUCCUCUGCAAAUGAGAGGGAUGGAGCUGGUGCCACACCUGCUCACUAUGCUGCCUCACAAGGUCAUGUGACUGUGCUAAAGUGGCUGAAUGCCAAAGGUGAUGUUACUGCAACAGACCAAAUGGGAGGUACUCCUCUUCAUGAUGCCGCAGAACAGGGACAAUUUGAGUGCAUCAGAUAUCUUGUAGAAAAUGUGGAGUUGAAUGUGCAACAGAAAGACAAGGAGGGUAUGACUGCAUUGACCUUAGCAGAGAAAAAUGGACACCGGAAAUGUUUAGAUUACCUCAAGAUUGCAGCAUCAAAGCAAGCCAAAGCACAAAAGAGACUGACGGAUACCAAGGAACGUCAGGCGGUUACAGAGAACCUGAAGCCAGCGAUGAAAUAUCCAGGGAAAAGUUUAGCAUUUCCAACUAAGAGAGAGGCCAGUUUCAAAACUUCAUUGGAACCUGGUUUUCAUAUGAGAGAAAGGCCCGAACGAGCUUCUUUACAACUAAGUAUUAACGACAAGAAAAACAAACCUGCAGUUUUAAAAGAAAUUAUUAUACCCCCAUCUGUUAACACUAGAGAUCUGAAUGAGAGCACAAAGCCUUUCCCGCCGCGCACUCAAGCGACGGUUUCUAAAGUCCUUCCUUCGCCGUUUACAAAAAAGCCCGUGAGAGAAAAACAGCUCCUUCCUUCACCGCCUUUACUGGAUAUCCUUCCUCCUCCGCCAGAGUUUUCUGAAGUCACAGGUGAGGAAUCAUUAAAGCCGAAAGAACAGGUCGAUUUGAACGAAAAUGAAGCCAACAGUGAAACUUCCCACCUAAGCGGACCCUUUGAAUCUACAUCUGUUGAGUUCAGUGCAAAUGUUACAAAUCAAGAUGACUGCAGCGUUAUCGUGAAGGUUGAUUCUUUGUCGAACAAGGCCAGCACUUCGAGUCAUGCAAUCAGCGAGUCUAAAGAUGAAAACACGAAGACGACUGUUAGAAACGGCAUUAGUGGCCAACCAAUAGGAUACAAGAAUCAGAACGAGACUAGCGAAGGUCGUCAUGAAGGGAACGUCCAAUCAUUGCACGAGGAGCUAGUGAAUGUGCUGCCGCUGUGGAAGCGACAGAUCUUGAUGAAUCGGGUCAUCAAAGAAAAGGCGCGAGAAAGAGUAGAGCGGGAAAAGAGAGAGAUUGAGCAAAGAAAGUGGUCUUUUGUACCUUCAUGGAAAAUUCCUUUAAUCAGCAAGAAGGAAGAAGAAAGGCUUAAGGAAGAGCAGCGUUGGGUUGGCAUGCCAGAAUGGAAGAAGAACUUACUCAGAAAAAGAGGAUCCGGACAAAUUUAUCGUGACUAUCACAAAAUAAACGCUCCCUUAGGACGCAGGGUGUCAUUCAAGUCACCAGAUAUCUCUGAUGACGAAGAAUUUGAUGGUGGACCACGAACAAGAGGACUUCCUUCACCUGAUUAAAGGAUUUCAUCGCAGGCAUUUUUUGUUUUUAGUGUCAUCAUCA